ACUAAAGAAAGAAAAACGCAAAUUUAUCAACAAGAUGCUGCCAUAGAAAAUACCAAGCUUCAGUGUGGAAACCUGUAAACUCAAAUCAAAUCUUUACAUACUGAAAAUGUAAAGCUUAAAUUUGACAUAGAAGCAGCCCAAGAAGACUUUGAGGAACACAUGCUAAGAUAUAAUGAAUUUUAUGCAAAAAUGAAAGUACAUAAAGAUAGUUUGGGGGAGAUUGAAAGCAAAUGGUCAUUCAUGACUGAACUCCAUGAAAAACGAGAUCUUGUUAAAAAACUAAUGACAAUGAAAGACGAACUUACACAAGAUUCCCAAAAUCCAGAAGGAAACCAUAUGAAACAAGUACAGGAAGACAUUACAAAGCAAAAGGAUCAAAUUAUAACUGUAAAAGAAUCUAUCAUUGAAAAAACUUGUUUUCUUGAGGAAGAAAAAAAUACCCAUGAAAAAUUAAGAAAAGAAAUAGAGGUACAACAUAAGAGAUAUGGUGCGAUUCUUAAGCAUUUGCACUGUCAGGUGAACAAACUUCAGUCAAACAGAAGACAAUGGCAAUGGAACAUUGAACAACUGGAAAAAAACGCCCCUGAACUAAGAAAACGCAUUGGAAUGAAAGAUUAA